CUCUCCAGUUUUGUUUGAAUGCCGGUCCUCUAAUCAGCCGGAGAAAAGGAGUCACUUACAUAAGCCAAAGGAAAGGAAAUGCUUCUGCAAUACAGCUCACAUGAACAGCUAGAACUGAGCGCUGCUUGGCUCCUGAAGUCCCGCUUCUGCAUGUUCUCACCCCGCUUCUUUAGAGCUGUUUUGACUGGGAGGAGUGGGAAUUUGGGAGGCUUUCCUCUUCUGACUGGUCUUUCUUUUUCAAGGCAGUUGGUGAAGGAAAGUGGAAGGCAUGACUCCCUCCUCAGACAAAGAUCUCAACGGGCUAGAUAACCCCAGCUUUGUGGUUGAAGAUGGAAGCCACUACUGCUCCUCACCAGAUUGUGCUGCCCAGGGCCCAGAGGAAGGUGGGGGCACAGGCCAUGGUGGGACCAAGCUUGCCUACACUGUCACAGAUGUGCCUCCCUGGUAUCUGUGCAUCCUGCUGGGCAUUCAGCACUUCCUGACAGCCAUGGGAGGUCUUGUAGCUAUCCCACUGAUCCUCUCCAAAGAGCUUUGCCUCCAGCACGACCUACUCACCCAGAGCCACUUGAUCAGCACCAUCUUCUUUGUCUCAGGAAUUUGCACCCUGCUGCAAGUCCUCUUUGGAGUCAGGUUGCCUAUUAUUCAAGGAGGGACUUUUGCAUUCCUGACCCCCACCUUGGCAAUGCUGUCUCUCCCCAGUUGGAAGUGCCCUGCCUGGACACAGAAUGCCACCUUGGUGAAUGCUUCUUCACCAGAAUUCAUUGAAGUCUGGCAGACACGGAUGCGAGAGGUGCAAGGAGCUAUCAUUGUAGCUUCCUGCUUUCAAAUCUUCGUUGGAUUUUCUGGCCUGAUUGGAUUUCUGAUGAGGUUCAUCGGCCCCCUGACAAUUGCUCCCACCAUCACCUUGGUUGCGCUACCUCUCUUUGAGUCUGCUGGGAAUGAGGCUGGGCAGCACUGGGGCAUAGCAUUCAUGACUAUUUUUUUCAUAGUUCUGUUCUCUCAGUACCUGAAAGAUGUCCCUGUGCUGCUGCCGUCUUACCAGAAAGGCAAGAAGUGCCACUUCUCUCCAGUCUACCUCUUCCAGAUCUUUCCGGUGCUGCUGGGGCUCUCCCUGAGCUGGCUGCUCUGCUAUGUGCUGACAGUGACCAAUGUCCUCCCUGUGGACCCCACUGCCUACGGACACCUGGCUCGCACGGACACUCAUGGGGACGUUUUGUCACAGGCUCCCUGGUUUCGGCUGCCUUACCCAGGCCAGUGGGGAAUGCCAACAGUCAGCCUGGCUGGGAUAUUUGGCAUCUUAGCCGGGGUGAUUUCCUCCAUGCUGGAGUCCGUGGGAGAUUACUAUGCCUGUGCCCGCCUGUCCAGGGCCCCGCCACCGCCGAAGCACGCCAUCAGCCGCGGGAUUGGGGUGGAAGGCAUCGGCUGCCUUCUGGCUGGGGCCUGGGGCACAGGGAAUGGCACCACAUCCUACAGCGAGAAUGUGGGGGCCCUGGGCAUCACCAAGGUAGGGAGUCGAAUGGUCAUCAUUGCUGGUGCCUGUACCAUGCUCCUGAGUGGCAUCUUCGGGAAAGUUGGGGCGAUGCUUGCCAGCAUACCCAGCCCAGUGAUCGGAGGCAUGUUCCUCGUGAUGUUCGGAGUUAUCACGGCAGUGGGGAUUUCCAAUUUGCAGUAUACAGAUAUGAACUCCUCAAGAAACAUCUUUAUCUUUGGAUUUUCUGUAUUUUCUGGCCUCACGAUUCCCAACUGGGCAAGCAAAAAUAGUGCACUGCUGGAAACAGGAAUCAUCCAGCUUGACCAGGUGAUCCAGGUGCUCCUCACCACUGGCAUGUUCGUGGGUGGAAUCCUGGGGUUUUUCCUUGAUAACACCAUUCCAGGAACACAGGAGGAGCGGGGGCUCCUGGCAUGGAAGCAUAGCCACAAGGGAGGGAUGGAGAGCUCUCUGCUCAUUUCCAAGGUCUAUGAUCUUCCAUUUGGCAUAGGCACCAAAUACUGUGCUGUCUCUUGGUUUCGGUAUCUCCCUGCUUGCCCCAAAAGACUGUCUGGCAACAAGAGAAUGGAUGAACUGAAGGCUGCUGGACAAAAAAGCACCGUUAAAGCAAGCUCAGAAAGAGACUCCGAGAUCGGUGCAGAUACAAGAAUAUAAGGACCUGGCCUCAGCACAGGUGAACUCAUCUCAGAAGCAGAGGUCUGCAAGCCUGUCUGCAGCCCCCAUCAUUUGAGCAUGAGCUGGCAGCUGUUGAGGGUGGAACAGGAGAAUAAUGUCUUCCUCUUCCCAGCUCUGCUCCCUGCACCAUUGGUGACCUUGAGGGAGUCAUUCUUUUCCUCUCUCCUCCUGCCUGGCCACCUCUAGGAAGAACCUAAUCCCUCUUCAGGGAACACCAAAGCCCAAGAAAUGCCUGAGCAAGAUGUUCUGUUUCCUUCCUUGCACUGAAUGUUGGGCACCCCAAGGACCAGCUGUUCAGCUGAAGCAGAGGGCUUCCUGUGCCCUCAUCUGGCAGCUCAAGGAGCCAAUGGAGAAGGCAUCCCUAUAACACUCUCAGGCAUCCCUUGGGUUGAGGCUAAUCCCUACCACCUUUAAGAUCUGUAAUGGCAACACUCACCUUUCAGCUUGUGUUUUAUACCUCAUCCUGGCCAAGGGGAAGGAGCAGGCACCUCUAGGUCAUGAUUCAUCUCAUUCCAUGUUCCGAUAAUUUAGUCAGUCAAAUGAAUAUUGUUGUAAGAGAGUCAUCUAAGGUUAAUGGGAUACAUUGAAUUCUGAACCUGCCUCUCCCUCCUUAGACCACAGAGGGACUCCAGAGACCUUACUUAGAUUCUUGCCUAACCCAGCUUCACUGAAAUGUAUCCCACUUGGGGUGCUGGGAGCAGUCUCAGGUAAGCCAGUUUCCCACAGGGCACCCUGCCCUACAAAGAAGGAAUCCUCAUCAAAUAUGAAGGAGAAAAUUCUUCUGCUCACAAUCUGAUACGUUCCUGUAACUGCUAUGUCCUGUGUACCCCCACUGUACCUGUCAGUCUGGUGUGGUGAUUGUGUGGUGACAAGCACUUCUCUGGAAAACACGUUUGCAGAAUCUUGCUCCUGCUCCCUAUCAGCAGAGACAGCCUUAACCUAUAUGGUCACAUACAAUAUGACUGCAUGUGGUGCUGGUUGCUGGUGAUGUGUAAUAACAUUGUUGCUGUAGCACAACCUUGUGUUUCCUGCAUUGAGAUUUACACUUCCUUUUUUUUUU